UACAGUGCAGAUAUGCGGCAAAGCGUUCGAAAUGCGCGGCAAGGGUCUAGGAUCUCUCUACUCGAGCGCCUACCCAGUCCGGUGAGGAAGAAGAGGACGGCCACAGCGAGCAAGGCUAGCACCACUCCGCCGCCGAUCAUCAGUUUCAAACCUACUAUGAUAUAUGUCGAUGAGACAGAUCCAGAUGAAGAGCCCGAGCCUCCUUUCGAGCCUAGGCAGAUAAAGUUAAAGAAGAACCAAGAUGUCAACACGGAAUACACGCUCAGGGAUGAACUGGGAAGGGGCAAGUUCGGCACGGUGUACCGCUGCGAGGAGAAGAAGACGGGCCGGAUACUGGCGGCCAAGUUCAUCCUGACACAGCGGGCAGAAGACCGCGCCGACGUGGAGCGCGAGGUGGAGAUCAUGCGCUCGCUCCAACACCCGCGCCUGCUACAGCUGUACGAUGCCUUCGACGACUCCAAGAAACAGAUGAUCCUCAUCCUGGAGUUGAUCGAAGGCGGCGAGCUCUUUGAGAGGGUGAUUGAUGACGACUUCGUACUCACCGAGAAAGCCUGCGCCAUCUUCGUGAGGCAAAUAUGCGAAGGUGUUGACUACAUGCACUCCAAAAACAUCCUCCACCUGGACAUGAAGCCGGAGAACGUUCUGUGCACCACGCGCACCGGUAACCGUAUUAAGCUGAUCGACUUCGGCCUGGCGCGUUUCUACGAGCCGGGUAAGAAGCUGCAGGUGCUGUUUGGCACGCCGGAGUUCGUGGCUCCCGAGGUGGUCAACUUCGACAAGGUCGGAUUCCAAACGGACAUGUGGAGCGUCGGCGUCAUCUGCUAUGUCCUGCUCUCCGGUCUUUCACCUUUCAUGGGAAACAGUGAAUUGGAGACGAUGGCGAACGUCACGAGAGCGGAAUACGAUUUCGACGAUGAGAGCUUUGACCAGAUCUCCGAAGAAGCAAAAGACUUCAUCGCAAAGCUUCUGUUAAAAGACAAAGAAGACCGUAUGACAGCCGCCCAGGGCUUGAACCAUCCGUGGCUUCGGAAGGAUAAGAAGAGAGACGACACGCAACUAGACAAGAAGAAGCUGAAACGUUUCGUCAUCAGGAGGAGGUGGCAGAAAAUGGUGAAUGCAUUUCUGGCCCUCAGGCGCAUGGGAGCCACCAUCUCGCCAUCUACGCCUUGAACGCUUAACAGAACCUCUAAAACCUUCCAAGACCCACCAUGUGUUCCCCGUGUCUUUCACCCUGACUGAUCUUCAAGGAAAGAAGACUAACGUCACAUUUCAUCGAAUCACUUUUUAAUUGUUUAACUCCGCUAUCUACAUCUUUUGUUAAUGGCACGGGAAAACAAGGAACGUGCCUGAGCAUGUGUCUUGCAUUUCUUAAAUUACCUCGCCGUUAAAGAAAGUGGAAAUAAUGACCGCAAGCUUUUGUUUGAAACAAAGGUGCAAGUAGCUAAUUUCAAUGUUGCCAUGAGUAAUUUACCUCAAGCAUGCUUGGGGGGAACUAGAGCUCAGCAGUGCUUAAACCCGAACAUGGAACACUAAACGUGCUAUUGUUAUCUUGUAAUUGCCGGCUCAAAAUGGCCGCUAUCCAGUCAAUUAAAACUAAAACUUGACGAAGUUGCUGCUAAGCUUUGCUAUGUGGAAAUGGGAUUUUCGUUAGUGUAGCGUUAUUACUAAAAAAAACAAUAAAAAGAAACUACGGCGAUGUUUUCUUCAGGUUUGAUCGCGGUAUACUUUUAGGUAAGGUUAGAACAGAAAUUCCUCCACUUUUUCCUACAGCUCGCUCAUAAUUCCUUGCCACCAUAGGAACAUGACGUACACUGCUUUAACUUCGUACGGUCAUGUCAGCUGCGAUUCUAAAGGUAUAAGAAAAGCUGCCUCGUUUGCUGCAUCUUUAGGCAACGGCAAAUGUGGACGCACGAGCUCAUGUUGAAAAUUGGUCAUUAAUUGGUUGAGGAAUUCUUUCGCCUUUAUGAAUGGUUCAUACCCACAUUGUAGAUUGCAAAAGAAUCAAUGGUCAUGUUGGACCCUUCCUGUGCUCACUACUACCAUAAACUAGUACCAUCCUAUGCAAAAGAAUCGCAAUAGUUAUUGAGAUUAUAAGUGAAAUUUAAGAACAACUAAAAAUAAAUUUAUUUAGGUCGAAACUAAAGUAAGAUUAGGGCCUAAGUAUUCAGCAAGGAAAUUGUCCUGAUUCAGAAACUCAACAGCUGCCUAGAAAUCCCUGCUUUUUGUGCCUUAUUUUCUACACGCGAACACCCCUCAGCAAACGAAGCUCUGUUAGAUGCAAUACCAUUGUUUCCCCAUUCCCAACUUUCUGUACAGUGUUGGCGUGGACUGUUUUUGUAUAAAGGUGUCCGUUAUGAACCGUUAAGAACGUUGCGCUUUUCUGCUGAAAUGUUUAAUAAAGUUGUCUGUUUCUUACCAA